CCAUACUUAACUGAAAGGUCAUUUUGGCUAAGAACGGUAAUAGGCGGUUUAGUCUUAACUGGGCGGAGAUAACUUUUUCAUCAAGUCUUUUGGAAGGCGGUUUGUACUUCAGCCUGCCACUUCAGCGAAGAGCAGAGUUUUUCAGGCGUACCAGCUGCAAUUAAGACGUGAGCGGAUGAGGAGAGGAUGGCGUGAUCGGAUACAAUCUUGUUCCUUGGACUAUAUGGUCGUUCUUUUUCCAUUUCAGGAUGAUUUCUUUACCCUCGAAAGACGAAAAUCGCAUUCGCCUUGAACACCAAUAAUGCAUCAUCUUUAAGAUCACAUAAUUUUUUCCACCCAGAUGUUCUUUCAUAAAAGUUUGUCCGGUGCUUUGGCUCUGUUCGGAUUGUGACUCGUACUGGUAGAACAAUGCAGCGUUCCAUGGACCUGGGGCCGCAUUAUUAUCCAGCGGAAGCGCAUCCGGACCACCGAUCGCAUCGGUACAGGAGUUUCAUGAUCGAGGAAAUUCUGACUGAUCACCCCGACCAGAAGGUGCCCGCCCCGACUGGGGAGUUGCUGAAGUUUGGUGUACAAGCUCUUUUAUCUGCGCGACCAUACCACAAUCAUUUAGUUUUGAAAGAGCAGGCGGGUAUCCUUAAGUUUCCUCUGUCGCCGCUCUCAUGCUCCCUCGGAGCUCCUCUAGGAUCCGCUCUCCUGUCGGGAACUCCAGGUCUGCAGGUCAGCUCCGGCUCUCAUCACCUGCCCCUGGACCUCCAUCUUCGCAGUAAGCUAGACCCCGGAGGGGAUGGAGGCAAUAAAACGAAAAAAGGUAGAAGGAGCCGAACGGUCUUCACCGAACUACAGCUCAUGGGUCUCGAGAAACGCUUUGAGAAGCAAAAGUAUCUCUCGACACCAGACAGAAUAGACCUCGCAGAGUCGUUGGGUCUUAGUCAGCUACAAGUAAAAACGUGGUAUCAGAACAGAAGAAUGAAGUGGAAGAAAAUUGUCUUGCAAGGCGGCGGACUCGAAUCACCCACGAAACCUAAAGGCCGACCCAAGAAGAAUUCCAUCCCCUCAAGUGAGCAGCUUUCAGAGCAAGAGAGGUCACGGGAUGUCGACCGUCAGUCCGAUGGUUCCUCCUCUUCCCAUUCUGACGUUAAUCAAGAGGAAUAAAACAGAUCCACUCCGUCAAUGUGAAUCAACAACAGCUUCAAGGAUUUGUCGGUGGAUGGAGGUUUUAUACCUAAAAGCGACAGUUUGGCACUAGAGACUACUGUAGGCCUACCUUGUGUGGUAGCCUGUUUUAUCUAUUAUUUCACUUUUGCAUCAGAAAAUCACAAGUUACGGUUCCCUGAUUUUGGCACGACGAACUUAUUUGCCCCCUCAUUUGAAGGGAAGGAACAAAACACUGGUCAGUAGAUCAACUUUUGUUGCAUUGAGUGACGCUAUCGACUCCCUCUAAAGACAUACGCUUCUUUUUUGCUCGUUUGUUUUGCAUUUGUUCUGCGUUUCUCGCAAUGUCUUUUCAUGCAGUUACUACAUAAUAUUAAAUUUGUUUUCAAAAAUAA